AUGACAACUAUCUCGCCUCAGGUCGCAGUCGUCGACUUCCACCACGCCCGUGGUCCGGAGGUCGAGUUCUGGAUUCACAGCGAUGGCCAGAACCUCCAUAAACUCAAUGACUGGUCGUUGUUGCCGUUCAUGGCGCUGUCCGAUGGAGCACACGCUAUGGCGGAGGAGUUUAGCUAUUUCACGCUGCUCGACAAUCGGAGCUCGGGAUCAGACCAUGUCGAAACACCCUCGAGCUCCGAGGCGAUUCCACACGGUACGGGUGCAGUAACGAGCGCGGCCACGAGCCUGUUCGGAAUCGCCUGUACGCGACAGAUCCGGGCGGACAAACUCAAGCGUCGCUCCGCGGACGUGACACGGUCAACUGUCCAGAAAGCUGUUGUCGUUAUCUCUCCCACGGCGAGAGGCAUGGGGGAGUUGAGAGAAAGACUGGGAAUCGUCACGGCGGCGUGGUUUGCUCAGGAAGAUUUUUCAGAUAUCUCGAUUCUGAAGGAAUUUCAAGAGAGUCUAUUUAGAGUUCCGCCCACGCAUGAAGAUGGGAAGGAUCACCAUUUCGGGCUCUCCCUCCGUGAACUGAUCUAUGAAUUUAGACACCAGACUUUGGCUCUAGUCAAAUGCCUCUUGCUGCAGCGGAAGAUGCUCUUCUUUGGCUCCAAGUGUGAAAGGCUGUGCAUGAUGCAGUUCGCCCUGAUAUCGCUCAUACCUGGCCUUAUUGCAAACCUGGAAGACGCAGCAGACCCGAGCCUAGACUCGUAUGCACAGAACGUGCAGAAGGCGCAGAGCUUGAGGACCGGCGACCGAAGUUCAUUAUUAGCCUUCAUGGGCUUGCCGUUACAAAUAUUCGGGAAGGGCUCAAUCUUUGGCCCAUAUACUCCGCUCCAACAACUCGACAUCCUCGCCGACUAUGACACAAAAUCAUAUGUUGUGGGCUCCACCAACAGCCUCCUUCUCCAACAGAAGGAAAAGUACAGUGACAUCCUCAUAAACCUGGACGAAUCAAACUCCAUGACAAUUACUUCUCCCUCUUUGCGUGCCGCUCUCGCCCUUAGUGCUGCGGAUCGUCGUUGGAUCGACUACCUCACCCAGACCGUGCUGGAUACAUGGGAUCCAGAGAAUCCGAGUAGACCAAGAAACAUGGGCUACGCGGGCUCCGAAGACGCCAUUCGCAUGCAAUUCGAAGAAUAUAUACUGUCCCUGCUCAGUAGCAUGGCAUAUCAAAUCUACCAUGAAUCCGUGUCCGAAAACAGCAUUCCGGCUUCGGUCGCCAAUAUAGAGAGCUUCCCCGAACCUGGAGAUACUGCUUCGGAUUUUAACCCUGAAUUCCUCGCCAUGUGGCGGUCGACCAAUAACUUUGCGCUGUUUGACCGUCUCACGCGUGGGAACCGCAUCUUCGACAUCAUCGAGCCGCGGCACCCGACGGGCGGGGGUUUAAGUGUCGAGGACCUGCAGAGGCGGGUUGCUCGAGGCAUGGCAGAUCUCCACCUCGACGAGCGGGUGAGGGAGGGGAGAGAACAGCUGGGCCGCACCCUGCAGACUGGGCGUGAGAGGGUGGAAGCCGGGAUGGCGAGGUUCUGGGCCGAGUUGGAGCGUGCGAGGGAACAGCGGGCUCAGCAGCGGGCCACGAAGAGGACGAGCGGCAGUCACAGCAUGACCAGGAGCAGUGGCGAGGGAGAAAGCAAGGAGAACCCCGAACCUUCGGCGACGAAACCGGCCGUGGCUCUGUCGAGCGCGAGUUCGAACUCGAGUUGGAUGGUUGUCGAGCAGCAGCCUGAAGGCGACGCUGCGGGACCUAAAGCGGCGGCUGCUGCCCGACCAGUUUCCCCCCCGACCUCCUCCUCCCUCUCCUCCUCCACCACCGGCGGCCCUUUGACAGCAGCGGCCGGGUCGAACUGGACGGCAUCCCUCCGUGAGCGGGCCCCGCGCGUCGACGCCUCGCAAAUCCAAGCUUCGGCGAGGGAGGGCGCCGCUCGCGCAGGAGCGUACCUGAGCGGCUGGGGCACCUGGGCGCGGGACCGCAUCCAACAAUCUCAGCAGGGGAAGGGGCCGUCCCAGCCCACACCGGGAGCGGGCGGGGCUGGAGGCGGUGGUGACUGA